AUGAAUCCGGUAUACAUUGCGAUUGAAAUAGUAAUUGCUGUUCUCUCCAUAUCCGGCAACGUACUGGUCUGCUGGGCUGUCGCGAUUAACACUACUCUGAAGAACGCCACCAACUACUUUCUGGUGUCUCUGGCUGUGGCUGAUAUUCUGGUCGGUUGCCUCGCCAUCCCCUUCGCUAUCACCAUCAGCAUCGGUAUAAAUCUCGACUUUUAUGGAUGCCUCUUCUUGGCCUGUUUUGUCCUGGUACUGACACAGAGCUCCAUCUUCAGUCUCCUGGCCAUUGCCAUUGACAGAUACCUGGCUGUGAAAAUCCCUCUGAGGUGAGCACUACUUUAAUCUCUUAAAGUCAAAUUAUCUUACAACCUUUGGAAGCAGUUUAAUCAGAUUAAGAUUAAAGAUAAUGCUGAAGAAGAGUAGUCACUCUUUCUCCUCUUUAUUAAAGUCUUAGCACUCAGAGACCUUUUGACCCUGUUGGUUCUUGAAUUCCAAUCUGGAAACCAGCCAGACAUCCAUCAACAGACUGUUUAAUCAUUUAUUAAUAUACAAUGUGCUAGCUCAGCAGAAAAAUAUCCCUCUCUUUUUUAUCCUGUGUUCAAAAACGAGCUGGAAGUAAUACUCAAAGCCCUGAAAAUGUUGGCAUUUAUCCCCCUAUAGAAAGUAAUUGAAUUUUGUGCGGGGAGAUCAGCUCUGUGAUCUCAUGAAUUGGUUUCCUGUGGAGCUUAAUACCCAGUAUAAAAAUAGCCUGUUAAUAUCUUAACAUGGAAUGUAAUCAGAUUAAACCUCUAGACAGGAUUUCAAUCUGUUGGUGACGGACUAAGCAAACAUUUAAGAGGUGUUUUUAAUCCUGAUUCAGUAAACUUAAGUGUAUUAUCAUGUUCUGCUUUUACAUCCAGUGAGGUGGUGCACAUCAUAGAAAAACAAGAAGUCCUUUUUCUCAUCUGACACCUUCAGCAGCUUCUAAAGAGGUGCAAAGAUCUGUCAUGCAGCUGUUUAUUGUGGCACAGCAGGAGAAGCUCCAGAUCAAUACCUGGCCACAGUGCGUCACCUCCACUGAUGUUGAUGGCAAAGGCCACCAAGCUGCUCUGUGCGGUCUGUGAGCGUGACCGCCUCAGGAAACAGAAAUGUGCAGAGGCAGCACAGUGCUGCUUGAUAUUUCCGUGAAUUGAAGAAUUAAAGAUUUAUCACCAGAGGAGGUUGUCUAUCUCCAGGUUGUGUCAUUUUUGACAUUUUACAAUGUCAGAGUUGUCUGAUUAUUUAUUUUUAAUGCAGAACUCCCAGCAGUGACUGAAGAGAACGCUAGAUGUGGUUUGGAGGGCUUUUUAUGCUGCAGGGCUGUGAUGUGCUGUCAUUUCCAUUAGACUCAUUUGAUGGCAAGGAAGGACAGUUUGACACUAGCUCUGGAUGAGUCGUCUUGUGGCUUUUAAAAUCUCCAUUUGUGCCUCUUGUUUUUGACCUGCAGAAACAAAAAACCUUAACACUCCUGAUUAGGCCAGCUCGCAGUGAACCUGAAAAGCUUUCAAAGAAGACACACUCCAAACAAUGGGAAGAACGUUUUCAUCUUGACAUUUUAUGGUGUCCUCUGAAAGCCUGUAGCCUCCUCUCUUUCAACAUAUAUGUGAUAACAAGAGCAGUGUGUGUACAUGUUCUGCUCAGAUUACAGGUCCUCAGCGGCUGCUGCUUUGUGUGUGUUUGGUCAAUGUGCUGGCUUUCAGGGCCCCAGUUCUCCCAGAUAAAAGCGUUUUCACAGAUGGUUUUUAGUGGAUGUUAAAGGCCAGAGCCAGAUGUUUGAAACCCCGGGAGAUGACUGAGCUGCACACCCACUCAGUGCUCCCUUCAAGCCCCCCGGCUAUCCCUGUUUACCCACUAAAAAAGACCCUCUAGCUGUGUGUCCCUGUGCCCUGGUGGGGCUUUUCAAAUAACCUUUAACACAUCAAGGAAAGGGUCCACACCCACACCAGCAGCACCGCCUCACUGUGGCCAACAAAAGUCAGCAUCAUCUUACAUCAAACUGCUGAUUCAACUGAUUUCAGCCUCGUCGUUUAGAUCUUUUCUUUGUUUUAGCACACGUAAGGGUGUGGUGGGUGUGUCACAGUGCCAUUAUUUGUUUCAUUUCUGCUUCAGAUUUUCCCAAAUCAGGAAAAAAAAACCCAAGUUAGGUUAGUGUUAUGGUUGAAGAACGGUGACUGGCUCUGUUGAUGGAUGGAGUUUAAACAAUUGAUCCAUAUUUAUCACUGAAAAUUACGGAAACUCUGAAUCCAUGUGGAAAUAAGCUUCAAAAUGCAGGAAAAGAUGCAUCAUCCUCAGACUCUGUGAGGAAAACGAUUGAAAAAAGUCAGAAUCAGAAGUGGAGAUGAGAGGACAACAGCCCUGGUACUGCUUUACAAAUGUGGUUAUUUCUUUAUGCUGUAGUUUGACAGAGAGCUCAGGGUGUCACUAACAUGCAGUGCAAACAUUUUAUAAACAUUUUCAUUUGUUUGAUUAUUACAAAUCUGCAGCCAGAAAUCUGUUUGCUUAGCUCACCAUUUAAGCGUCAUGACAAAACUAGCCUCACUGCAGUAAGAAGUAUCAAGUCCCCCCUCCUGUAGGGCUCACAUAUGAACAUGUAGAAUGUACUGUUAUACUCAAAUAUAAGACUUUGUGAAAUACGGUCUUAUAAACUCAAACUAGAUACUUAAUUACGGCAUUUCUUAUCUGUAACGCAAGGGGAUCCUGCAUGACUGAGGCCUGCUACCACUCAUAACUCUGCUGUCUGAGGUUUAUAAGCUGGGGAGACACAGGGAUGGUUUCAAACAAAUGACUCAAAAGUUACGUUUUGACAACAGCUGAGAUGGAGUUUAGAAAUAUGGUACCACAAGGUGUCAAAUCUGAAGAAUCUCUGAAACGCAGAGAUUUAGAGAAAACUUGACCAUGGUCCUUUAGCGGCUUAUUACAGCGGGGCAAAGUUAUGUAACCAAGCUCCCAUGAGGGAGGAGUUUUCCCUGAAUGGUUAAGUGUUUGUAGAAGACAGCAAAAACAAAAUUAUUACGGCUAUCAUUGAACUGUCAUCUCAGAACAGCAAACAGCUCUGUUUGGCGUGUCUGUUUGGCUGCAUGCACUGAAUGUGGCACGGUGAAAACAUCGGCUUUAUGCGCGCGCACAUUUGACCACAAAGCAUGCACUUUAUAUUUUCAUCUUGUCAAUCACACCCUUUUAAUACAGUUUAUCUUCUCCCAAUCACAAGUUUCUCCUCAAUACUUCCUCAAAACAUCUCAGACUCUGAGCUUCCAGGAGAUUGACGGGCGAGUGUGUGAGAGUGUUUGACUGAAAGACAAAGAAAAAAUAAAAAUAAAAAAACUGUCAAUUUUAUGAGACUAUGUCUGAUUGACUUCCUUUUUAAAGCUAAAAAUGUUGAGUUAUGUGUUAAGCUGUUUCAGGAUUGAGGUACAAGGCCUUUAUUAGUAAUGGGUUGAUUUUCAGCUCAUAACAGAGCCAAGCCAGGUGAUCCCCUCACAACCAGACUGACAGACAGGAGAGCAAAAGAAACCUCUUGAUUUAAGCAAUCUUCAAACACUAAACUGUAGCUUCCUGUGCAGAAAUAAUCUGGACUACAAUCUGUAGUUUCACUUUUUUUGUUCAUGCUGACUAAACUGUAGUCUUAGGAAGUUCUAGUUUACAAUGUUUAGUAUGGGUGGUACGAUUUGUUCUGGUCCACAUCCGACGGUGAGGAGCAGCACGCGGUUUAUAUAAAUUCCCUCCUCCAGCAUUUAUGAAGCCAUUGUUCUCUGUAUAUGGACCUACAGUAUGAGCUUUUGUUAGGUGUCUCAGCCCCUCUGUCCUUUAAUUUAGUCUGUCUGUGAACUGUAAGAUAACAAAGACCCACAAUGAUCACAGACUGCUGCUCGUAUUUGUUUGUAUAUAUAGCCGUGAAACCAAGCUAACCACAGCCUUCAUUUACUGAGAUGGAAAAACCCAUCCAACCUCCUGAGGUUGUUUUCAUACCUUACAGAUCGAGUUAAAGAGACGUUAUAGUAAUGAGAAGUACAGAUAGAGUUGGAUUGUCAGUCUUGUCUAUUUACCCUCCUGCUCUCCUGUCAAAACUUUACCAAAUUGAUUACAUCUUCACUGAACUGUGAAACCUUUGCAAGUUCUGUCUUUGUUUUGUUUUUAAACUCCACCUGCCCUUAUGACACACAUGUUUUUCUAAUGUAAUCCCACGCAAAAUUCAUAAUGCAAAUACAGCCCUGUGCUGCUCGUGUUGUGUGUUUCCAUACACUCUGACAGGCUGUGUUGAGUGUAAACCCCCCCCAGUGUUGUCAGUGUGAACAGCCACCUGUUAGAUUGUGUUGGAGGCUGGACUGUGGACACUGCCGGACAUAUAAGCGGAUGUUGUGAGUGUAUGGAGAGUGUGUGUGGCCUGGCAGAGGUCUGCGGCCCCGGGCGGAAGCUCAGCGACAGACAGAAGAGGAGGUAUGUAUGGAGAAUAGAGCAGGGGAAGAAAGAAAAACAAAGAUAGAUGUCAGUGUGGUGUCGUCAUGCCAGAACUAAUCCAUUCAGUCGCUCGCCCAUUCCCUGCCUACAAACAGGGAGAGUGAGGGAGGUGGGGAGCAGGAGAUGGGCCCUCUGGGAAUUGGCCCCUGUGUGGUAACUGUACAAAUAGAAGGAGAAAUGACAGGGAGAGAUGGGGAAGAUGUGAAGGGUUACAGGUUUAAAGUUUUCCCAUUAAAAGUCGAGCGAUUUGAAUCAGUAGAUCCAGAGCAGACUCACAUUUGUCAGGCGAAUAUCUGUAUUUUCAGUGUAGCUACGGGGUUGUACACAGAGCAGAGCAGCAGCGACAGCAUGUCAGGCUGUAACUUUGUAAACAGCGUCCCAAAAUGACUGUAGUGUUGUUGGGGUUUUUAUUGGUAGCUGAAUUAUGAGCAGAGGUCUCCCCCCAACAACACGCAGACUCAUUGAUUAAAACCUGUAAGGCACGUCAACAUCUAAUGUACUUUAGCUGCAGUGCUCUGUUAGGGAGUCAGGUUUAUGUCAGGAGGGCUGCUGAUAGAGCUACCACAAACUUUCACCACCACAAUCAUCACACACACACACACACUGUGGAAACCCAAUUUUAUUUGGUGUACAAAUAUAAAGGUAUGAGGUGAGUUUCCACCAAUCAAGUCUGGUUUAGUUCUGUGCUCUUUGCUAUAUUUGUGCACUGUUUGUUUCACUAUACUCUGUCUGACUUUCAUUUUUACAGCAGGCUGCAGAACGCUGGGUUACAGCUUGAUUUUCAUUUGGCUCACAUAUCAGAUUAGUCAGAUUGCCAGUGUGAGCAGCACAUCCCAUCUUAUACAUUCCUCACAAGCAUCAGCUUUGUUCACGAGCAUUAAAAAUAUACUGUUGGCUGUUCUUUUUAAAGCAAAAGCCUCAUCUGUUUUCUUUCCUACUUAUUUUCACAUAUUACUUUAUUAUGAUGUUGUGUGAAGGAAAAUAUGAGCAUAGCACAGCUCUUUAUUCAAAGAAAGAAUAAACUUUUAGUUGUCAGAAGAUGUCAUAAAUCACGUUAAUUCAUUCAGAUGCAUAAGUUUGCUGAUCCAGUUAAACUGGUUAACAGAGAUACAAUUUGGUACCCACCCCCCUGAUAACUGCAGUUCAAGGUCAGAUCAGUAUGCCUGGUACACUGGCAGAAGGUGCCAAAAAGUAGGACAUUGUAGGACAUCCUGGCUUUGCAUUAGGGUCUUUAUCUCACUUUGUAGGUAUUCUGUUUCACAGGACUCCCAGUUAACUCUAAGUUACUCACCCAGCUACUGACCACCAUUGAUCUAAAGACGGUGGUUUUAAUAACUUAAAAUUAUUUUUUUUUACAAGCCAAGAUAAUAGCCCCUCAGUUUCAACUUUUUAUUGCAUUUCCAUGGCAACAACACUCUUACUAGCUUAGUCACAGGUCAAAAUCAGAAACUUUACACUUGUUCAUGGUCAAGUGUAAAUAUUAUCCUGCUUUUCUGUUAUGAAUCAUUUUAGUUUAACAUUGGCAGAAAAAUCACAAUAGUGUUUUUCUAAUGGUAUUUUAACAGGUGCAGAAAAUUACAGCAGUACCUGGACAAGGUCUUCUUUUGUCACUUUUCUGUUGGCCUUUUCUUCUCGCUCAGUUGCCAAAACUCACACUGAGUUACAAUUUGUGCUUGAUUCACAUCACUUCUUGUUAAUUUCUGUGGUGUUGGACCAUUUCUUGUCUUCUUGUCUCUGCUGUUGACUGUUCAGCCAUUAACCACCAAUGUAAAGUUUUGCACUCUCAAAAAACUGAACAUCAAGAGCAACAUAAGAAAUCCUCCAUGUUUUUACCGAUGCUAUUGGAAGCUAAAAUCUUUGUUAGAUUGUCUUCACAUAGACAGUUCACCAAAUGUGCCAUAACUCAUUACUACCGUUAAGUUUGUUACAGACUAAUAAUUGACUUUAUUUUUGUAAUCACAAGAGACCAUUGACUGCCAACCUGAGAUACACUGGGCCAAUGAUUAAGAAGUCAUGCUUCAGUAACAUGAGUUUCAUUUGACUGGCAAAUUCUCUGCACCUAAAAUCUGGACUUUGAAGGAAUGAACAGGGAGCCUGUAUCAUGAAAGUUAGAUAUAACUAAUAAGGGGUUUCACCUGUUUCCUCCUUUUCUUUAAUGAUCUGUCAUAGGACUUUUUAUGGUUUUAUCUUAACACCCAAAACCAACAGAGAGACUAGGGACAUUACACACAGACCUUCAUCAUGGUUGUACUUGUAGUUCGAUCUUGAAAAACUGCAGUUUCACCAUUGAAUAAUGUCAAUAACUGUGAUUGUUGUCAAUAAUGUCAAUAAGUGAUGUUGAACUUUACAAACAACAACAAUUUUACACAUUUUAAGACUUUUAAAAAAGUGUUGGUGAGUCUGUUAUGAUUAGGAAACAAAUCCAUCAGGAUGAGGGGCCUCGUCCGCUCUGAAAGGAUUCAAUGUAGCUGAUCAACUUUCUUACUUAACAUUAUCCGGGUCAUUACCUGGCUACAGACUGAAGACAUAAACAAUCUGUAAAUCCUGUAGAUGUAAAUGUUUUCACGUUAGCCCGCUUAACUGUGAUAAAACACUAAAAACUGACAUUUUAUUUAUGUUACAGUCAAAAUAUCAGAGCCAGACUCAUUUCACCCGUAGAUUUAAUAUGAUUAUGUUAUCCCUGGCAUUACUCUUGCUGGUCAGAAUCAAAAAGUGUUGUUUUGGGUUUUUGAAAAAUCAGAAUAAAGUAUGUAACAAAGCUGAGUGUUUAGUUGGAAACCAGGGCAAUGAAUAGACAUGAUGCUAAUGUGUCUUCUUAAAAAAGGAAAAGCGACCUCUCUCAGAGGUUACUUACGGCCUCUUGAUAAUCCGUCUGUCCCUGCAGAAGCUCUUUUGUGCAUUUGUCAGAGGACAGCAGCGGCCAGAGGAGCUAUGCUUUCAGGAUGUCCACCCAGCCAUCCCUUUAUCUUGAAUGCACCAUCUCAGAGCCUAAAGGGACUGUCUAUAAAUGUGGCACAAAUGUCUGCUUGGACACUGGGACAAACUGUGGAGAUGUUUGUGGUCAAAGCUUGAGCCCACCGUGACGUCAAGUCUGUCGGACUUUUGUGAAUGCAGUAUCCUGGCAAUGCUGGAGAGGGUUGUAUUACGUCUAUUUAACCAUCCAAGACCUGAAUCAACAGCAGUCCAUGAGUGGAUAACCUUCCUCGAGUCUGUUUUUUUUUCUGCCUUUGACACGAAGGGUCUACUGACAAUCACAUGCUCUGCAGAGAAGCAGUGCCUUCCUUCUGUCAGCAUUACGUCUGAUUGUAGUGUGUGUUAACAUUUUGUCACAGCGUCUGCAGCAUUAAAAUUCAAACCAGCACACAGAAGACUAGACAGAUGAGAUGAUUACUGUCAGCAGGAAGAGGCUGCAUGUUGUGGUGGUGUGGUGUUGUGGUGACUGUGUUCAGGAGGCAAACUAAGACUGAGCGACAAGAGGAAGAAACUUCACUAAUACCUGUCAUGCAUGAAUAGUAUAGUGUAGUUACCAUGACUGUAGGAAAGUCUGACGAUGGUUCAUAGAGGUUACUUUCUAAAUAUCCAUCCUUUCUGGCUGCACAGGCAGAAUUCCUUCACAAUUAUAGAGUUAUAACUUACAGAACUUAAGUUUUACAGCAGUUUUAGUUUAACUUCAUAAUACACAUUCACUGAGAUUACUCAUCGUCAACAUUAGAGCUGACAUCCUUAACAGCAACUGUUGACACAACUAGUGAUCUCUGAACACAUAUCUGCAUGUGAAUACAGGAUCUGAAGGAAGGAAGCAGGUUACUAGGUUUCAGACUUAUUCUGGUUUCUGAGUCUGAGUACAGUAUUAGCUCCACAACUCCACCAGUGUUUAAACAGACUUUGACUGCAUGCAGGAAGCUCUGUCUACAUCAUGCAGGGAUACGUUUCUGAAAACUGCACCUAGUCCAUCAUCAGCUGGUGAAACCUUUUAUCCUCUAUCCCAGAAGAGGCAGGUCAUUAAAUGGUAAAGGUCCAUGGAUUCAGUUUUUGAGUUGUCUGUGCUAAACUUUCUUCAGUUGUUGAAUGUCUGUUGUCAAAUUGACACUACAGGCAUCACUGGUGGUGCCUGUGUAUGUGCAGUUACUGCUGCUUUGCAUUCAUCUUUGUUGUGACAGCUCCUCAGGUGACACAGAGGUUUGUUGUGUUAAAACUUGGGGCCUUUUUGCCCCCUGUCUGAACAGUAGUAGCACAUAUUUUGCAGGUUGCAACAGUGUCUUUAUCCUUUUAAUCCAUAUAGAUGUCUCCAUUUUUACUGUGUUUAAUGGUUCAUAUAUUGCCACCAGUUUGGUUGGAAUAAGAGGGCUUGGUAAUAAAUGAAGGAAAGCAUCUUUAAACUGUUGUUUGUAGUGGAUGAAACUGUAUUGGAAUAAUACAAAUUGAAAUAUUUCCUCUGUUGGGCGAAUAACCUAUCGGCUUUUUGCAUCUCUAGUUUAAACUAAAUAUUAAAUCUAUGAUUUGCAUGUAAUUUAUCUACAAUUACUCGGUUAAUGGCUUACAAAUGAUAGAUCAGAUUUUAAUUGAUGGUAAAUCAGCGUAUGAAAAUGUGAGAAGAUGACUGAUCAUCAAUCCAAGGUUGAAAUGUGAUGUCACAUUGAUGUUCAGAUGUGGUGUGAUCAUCCAGCAUGUAGCUGGAUUAUUUAUGGCACCUCCAGCUGAGACUGCCUCAUGUGUGUGCAUGCCAGUGAGUCACUACCAUGCGGUCUCCCUCCUGAUUCACUUUGAGGAAGCAGUUUAUACUGCUUUAAGCACGGUUCAUGUGAUGGGGACAGUCAGGACGACUCCUGCGAGUCAGCUCUGCAUCUUGAUACGCAGUUUCUGUGGACCUGACCCUGAGAAACAUUUUAAACUCAUUAUUAUGAUAUUCAACAUCAUCUGCAAUCUGCAACCGCAUAAAACUGAUGUAUGAAAAAUUGACAAUUAAACAAAAAGCCCUCUGUGGUUUUCUUCCACUAUCAGGUCUCUCUGCUCGGUCACUUUUCACCUACUUCACACUAGAACAGGGCGUGUGCGUAAUUCUAUUUGUAGCAUGAAAUCAAGUGUGAAAAGAUGCGAGAUCUUGUCAGAUAGCAGCAAGCUUUCAGCUUUCAGUUUGCAGCUGAUCAUGCGCUCAGGGGGGAACAUAAAAACUAUCCAGUUACACCAUUUUUCCACAGAAAGUUCAUGGAAAGAAAUAUGGGAUGGAACUAUUUAGCUGUCUUUUUUUUGUCUCCUUUUCAUAUUUCUGGUGGACGGUGUUGUAGUUUCCAUCAGCCUGAACCACCUACUCAUCCUGUCAGCACGUGUUGGAGAGAGCGCUGAGAUGGCACUAGUGCAGAAUAGACUUUUACAGUCUGUCGGUCAGGAUCGAGAGUGAUAAGAUGAACAGGCCUCGAAGUAACAGUACAUGUAAAAGUCUCUGUGUCUGCAUGUCCAUGUGCUGAUGUGAAGUUCUGCUAUGAAGACAUCAAAGCCGUUAUUAAGAAUAACUAUUUAUCUCUGAAGGGAAAUUCAAUAGGUAGGUGCUAACUGAUGGUGUUAACUUAGUCAUCUACUGUGAAACUGAACUUGGCAGAUCAUCCAUUAGUGAGGCUGCUAAACUUUGAAGCCAAUUCCUGCUUUAAGUGCUUUAUUGAUUUUUUUGUGCUUUGUUAUGUAAUUUAACAAGUAUGGAAACUUUGUAGAUGGUAAGUCAGUCUGUCGGAAAAAUCACAGCAACAAGGAAAUGAAGCUGUUGCCAUUAUAUCCCCUCAGGAUUAACUGUAAUAACUCUGGCAAUCCUUUCAUUUUUCAUCCAGCUCAGUAGUCAACUUUAAGAUUAUGUUUCUUCAAUAGUGACUGUGAACAUGCUAGUCUACUGCCAUUAGCAUUUGGAUUAGAUUCAGACUACUAUAUUUACUGCAGUCGCUUAUUCAGUUAGGUUUUUGUCAUAGUCCUGAAGUUUGUCAGACUCCAUUGAAAAGAAUGAGCAGGCUGCAGAGUUUAAUGCAGUGUUACAAACAGACUGUAUGAUGUCUUAGUAUUGGGUGUGAUUUUAAAGACGUAUAUCCUGCAACAAUUGAAUGCACCAAAUCAAAGCACGACACUGCGUCAUUUAUAUCCUGUGCCAGAUUCUGGGCCUCAUUAUGCUGAUGUGCAUCCUGGUACAAAGACUGAGAAACAUACAGAAUAUGAUGUGACACAAGGCCACACCAACACGCUGCAUGAACUAAAGUUGACACUGGUUCACUUCAUACGACCAAACACAAGAUCAUCUUUCAGCUCUUUUUCUGUGCAUCGUGUUUUAUGACUCAGAGCUUGCAGCAGCCCCCGACUGGAGGAAACAUGAGGUUUAGGUGGUCUGACUCAUUCUUCUGAAUACAACACCUCAGGAAAAUGUAUCACAAAUAUCUACAUAAACUAAAGCAGUGGUUCUCAAGUCCAGUCCUCAAGCCCCUCCCCCGUCCAGCAUGUUUCGGAUGUUUCCCUGCUCCAACACACCUGAUUCAAAUGAUCAGCUCGUUAUGAAGCCAUUACAGAGCUUGAUAACGAGCUGAUCAUUUGAAUCAGGUGUGUUGAAGCAGGGAAGCAUCCAAAACAUGCAGGACAAUGGGCCUCGAGGACUGGACUUGAGAACCACUGAACUAAAGGAUGAAAUGAGUAAAUUUGGUGAUCAAGGUGAAAAUUCAUAACCACUGUAAUCUCUAAAGUCAUUUUCGCUUUACCAUAAACAUUUAAUCCCUAGUCGUAAUACGGUUUUCAGUUGAAUGAAAUGAUAAAGAGAUUACAUUUAUUCCCCGUAAAUCGAAGGUCAUCUUCACUUCGAAUGAAAUGCAAAUAUCUGCACAAAACGAAACAGAAAAAUGUUGAAUCUGUACUCGAGAUUUUAAACCUGGGAAGGUUGAGCUUUGCAGUUGUCGUACGUUUACAGCUUGAGCAGAAUUGAUCAGGUUUUGGUGUGUGCAGAAAAAAACAGUCUGCAUGGAGAGCAAAAGCACACUGCUGAAAUGACACCCUGGCAGUAAUCUAACAAGGAUGUUUAUAUCUCUGAGCAGAUAUCUUCAUACGAGUUCAGAUCAUCAAAUAUUUCAACUUGAGACUCAAAUCUGCUGCAACUGUGUAGAAAAUCCCCAACAGAAGUUAGUUUCCCCACCUAUCCUGUAUGCAUCAGAUUUUAUUCAUCAGUUCUUUACUUUUUAUCUUGAGGCCGACCUGACAGAGCAGCACUUUAUCAUGAUGUUGUUAAUUAGGCAAACUCAUGUUCUUCUCUGUGUUCAUACUGCUUAAGUAAGAAGUGCUGUUGAACUCCGACCCAUCAGUGCUUGAAACCGAUGAACGAGUCCUACUGCAGGAAGGUAAUAGACUUAAAUUCCAGCAUUUACAUAGCAGAUGUAAUUGCAGCAUGGGAAAGAAAAUAUCUGCUUUUCAUUCCUGCCAGUUCACACUAAAAGUUGGCAUCCGUUCCCACAGGCAUGUACUGCCUCUUACAGUCAAACGUUGAUAGAUGAUGAGUGCCAACGGGUUGCAAGAUUGAGGACUUAAUAGUUAGAUUAUUGAUUUUUUAGGUUAUGUGUAUUUUUUUUCUGUGGUCAUUUGUUUUUUUUUUUCUUCCGCAAAACCUGACAUGUCGUGUCAUUAACUCUGGGAGAAUUUUUAUGAUGGGUUCACUAAAGAAUCCCCAACCAUCAAAGACACGCCACUCCCAAUCAUCUUUUUAUUACCCUCCUUAUACCGGUCUGCUCAUGACAGGAGCUCACAGACAGCAAAGUGCAGAUUUUUGGAGUUUCCCUGAUGUUUUCCAUAUUUUCGUAUAGAUUUUCAGUACAAAUGGCUGUCAAUUAAUAAUCAGUCUCAUUGCUGAUUUUGCAGGUCAUAAAAAGUAUCAAAAUAAAAUUGAGACUGUUUGGUAAUCAGAUAAAAUCUCCUAACAGGAGCUUUAAAAGAUUAAAUAAAAACAGGAAUGCUGCAUUCUUGAGGUACAUAAAUGAAUGCAUUUUUUAAAAUCAUCGUCAAAAAGGAAAAUAUUUUUGAGUGCGAUGUUUGGUUAAAACCUACUUUCGGGGAAAGUGACCUCUGCUUUGUUUUCUCCAGGUACAAGGAGUUGAUGACAGGAAAGACCGCCAGAGAGAUCAUCGCUAUUUUAUGGAUCCUGUCCUUUGUCAUCGGCCUCAUCCCCUUCUUUGGAUGGAACAACAAACACAAGUGCUUCAGAAACAGCACCAGCACCAGCACCAGCUCUGGAGCAGAGAACACUACAGACUCUAGUUUGAUAGAGGGACAGAGGGGAGGUGGGAACUUCUUACAGAGCUGCAGGCUCAAGUGCUUCUUUGAGACUGUGGUGGACAUGCACUACAUGGUCUACUUUAACUUCUUUGUGUGCGUGCUGCCGCCGCUGCUCAUCAUGCUGGGCAUUUACCUGAAGAUCUUCACCGUGGCCAGGAAGCAGCUGAGACAGAUUGAGCUGAAGUGUGUGGGAAACGGUGACAGCCAUCACCACGGGCUGCUGCAGAAGGAGAUCCGUGCUGCCAAAUCACUCUCCAUCAUCGUAGGACUGUUUGCCAUUUGCUGGCUGCCCGUCCACAUCCUCAACUGCCAGAAACUGUUUUUUGUGACCGAUACACCGGUUAUUGUCAUGAACGUGGCCAUCAUUCUGUCCCACGCCAACUCUGCCGUCAACCCCAUCAUCUACGCUUACCGCAUCCAGGACUUCAGGAACACCUUCCGCAAAAUCCUGACCCGACACCUCCUGUGCCGCAGGGAGGAGCUGUACCUGAGCUCCAACGGCAGCAGACGCAACAGAGACCAGAUCCAUAUGACCAUCGACCCUCUGCUAUAG